UCACUAGAGAGUUUACAAAUGGCUGAAAUUAUAUAACUUUUUCAUUUGGAACUUAUUUAUUAUAAAUUGUAGAAAUAUAUAGAAAAUUAUUUGAAAAUGAAUGUGUUGGGAUGGUCAAAGUUUUCUCUUAGAAGGCUAAAUUUUGUUUGUUCAAAUCUAAGUCAAAGAAGUUUGCACACAUUGAAUCCAGUUUUACAAAUUCAACCUCUGGAAGCCAGAUUAAAACCUUCUAGUCAGUCAUUGCUACAGUUUACUCCACUAGUCUGUUCUACAUGUAGUACAAGGUUUCUUCAGACCGCUUCAGCAGAAAACUCAUCUAUGUGGUCAAAGGUUAAAAAUAAAAUACUUGGCCCUGAGUUGACCAUACCAAAAAGGUCUUUGGCUUUAGCUGGAUAUAAAAUGUAUAUAUGUAUAACAGAUCAACUUGACCUAGAAGAAUUUGUAAAAGAAAUAAAUUUACCAGAUACCUUUAAUUCCUGGGUUAUACUUCUAGAUUUACAUGUAUGGAUAUGUAUGGUGAGAUUAUCCAACAUGGGUGAAGAAGGUAAAAUACUUCGUCAGAAUUUGGUUCAAGCAAUGUGGCAAGAUAUACAGAAAAGAGGAAAACAAUUAGGGAAAGAAGUACCAGGUGGAACACAAAGAAGAGCUUUACAACAUUACAAUGAUAUGUUACGUGCUUAUUUAUUUAAUUUAGAUGAGGGUUUACUGGGUGAUGACAGAGUUUUAGCAGGAUCAGUGUGGAGAACCGUGUUUGAGAAACAACAAGUUGAUCCAGAAGUACUGGCACUAAUGGUGCAUUAUAUUAGAAAACAGAUUCACCAUGUAGAAAAACAAGAAAGUAAUUUAAUCAUGUCUCAAGGCUUGAUAACAUUUCUACCAUUACACGGAGAAACAGAGAACAAAGAUCUACGAACUAAACUCAUUACAAAGUUAUUUAAUCAAAGAGUGAUGUUAUAGUAGUGAUGAAAGUGAUAGACAUAAGUUUAACUUGUAUUUUAACAGUAGAAGACAGAAAAAAGACAGAGGAGAAGUUCAAAACUUCAUCCAACCUUAUGACGAUAUUAUGUUAUAAAAUGUUUUUGAAUCAGUCCACCCAAGACAGUGGUUUAGAAUGUUUUUGAAUCGGCCCCCUCAAGACAGUGGUUUAGAAAGCUUGAGGCUCAAUUAUCAAGUGUUCUGCUGUUAGCAUAGAUUGUUUUGUCUUAUUCCCCUGUGAUGAAGAUCUUGGAUUUGAGUUGGUAUCAGCUUACAUCUAUGUCAACAGAUUAAUUACCGAAACUACGUUGUAGCUUUUCUGGGGUUUUUUAAAGAUGCAUUAUGUAAGGGCUAAGUAUGCCUAUUGCAGGGUUUUUUUUGGCCUCAAAUGUUAUUUAAAUUAUUAAUUAGUCAUUUAUUAAAAUGACAAGACCAUAAUCAACUCUCUAGACUAUGGGAAGCUCUUUAUCUGAAUCUUACAUAAUAUUUCUUUAAUAACCAUAUGAAUAAUAAAUUUAGCCCUUCUUUUUCUAUUGUUGUAAUAAUGAAAUCUUUUAUUGGCCUGCAUAUUUUGUCCUAAUCUUAUGGACCAGGGGGCCAGUAAACAUAUUUUUUAAAUCAAGAAAGCUGUUAUGCAUCAAAGGCCCGGUAAAAAAAAUUCCUUAUUUGAAGUAUACAAAACUUGUUUCCAAUUAGCAAUUUAGACAGGUGGAAUUAAAAAAAAUAAGGUUAAAUACCAUUAGAUACAAAUGAGUCAUCCUUGGUUGACAAGACCACAGAGCUGGGGGUGAAAUCAAUCGAAAGUAAUGUAAAUAUUUGAUGAUUAUAAUAAUAUUUGGAGCAAUAUGAAUUUAAUGUGUAUGGUC